CUGAGAAACGAGAAUAGAUGAAAACCCAUCUAGCUCUCUCAUCAAAGCUUGUUUUCUCCAAACUCAAAUGGAGUUAUGCAUACGGGUAAUGAAGAGAGCCCUUAUGUACGAACAAACUAAAGAUUUAUUAGGCAAGAACUUUAUAGUUUCACCAUUGUCGUGUACAAUUCUGCUGAGUAUGGUGGCUUCUGGACUGAAAGGAGAAGCUUUAGAGCAGAUGAUGUUCUUCUUUAGGCUGAGAAUGGGGCUGAGAAGUAUAGCUGAUCUAAUCUCUGAGUCUGAUCGACUGAUGGCUAUGGUAUCACUUGACAGCACCAAAGGGCUCUUACCUUUGUCCUCUGCCAAUGGCGCUUGGGUGGAUAUGAAGUACAAGCUCAAGCCUUCAUUUCAACAAGUUUUGAAGACCACUUACAGAGCAGAUUCCAUGGCACUAGAUUUUGCCAACGAGCUUGAAGAAGCAGUUGCUGAAAUUAAUACUUGGGUGGAGAAAGCAACAAAUGGGAACAUCAAAGACAGUGUUUCAAAGCAGUUCUUGCUCAAGGAUACUGUCCUAAUCCUUGCCAAUGCUCUCUACUUCAAAAGAACUCGUAAAAGGUCAAGAUCAUUACUUCCAUCUCGAACCAUUAUUUUGAAUUUCUACACCUUAGAUGGUAAAACUGUUAAAGUUCCCUUCUUAACUCAUUCUUUCCUCUACUUUCCAUAUGGAUACUCCCAAGGGUGUAAGAUUCUCAAGUUGCCUUAUUAUGUGGGGAAUCAAAAGGGUGUAAAACUGUUCUCAAUGUACAUUUUUCUUCCUGAUGAGAAAGAUGGGCUGCAUGACUUGAUCAAACAAUUGAGUUCAGACUCAACACUACUCAAUCUACGGUUCGAAUUCAAGUAUGUGAAAAUGGAAGAGAUAAUGAUACCAAAGUUCAAGUUCAAGUAUAGCACAGAAGUUUCUGAUAUUAUGGAGCAAAUGGGGCUGAGGCUGAACAUGAACAAGGAUGCCGAGAUGGUAGAAGGAGUACCAGACCCCAGUACUGCUAUCAUUGAUGAUAUGAAAGUUUGUCACAGUUGUUGUAUUGAAGUUGAUGAAAAUAGAACUGACCCUGUCGAUCUGAUUGAUCGGGUAUUUGGUGGUGGUGGCCAUGGCAAUUUUCCUCACUCUAAAUUCAUUGCAGACCAUCCAUUUAUGUUCAUGAUAAGAGAAGACACUUCUGAAACUCCUAUCUUUGUUGGAGCUGUGGUUAAUCCCCUCCUUCGGUGAACUUGGCCUUAUUAUACUUUUGAACUUGUUAAUAUUAGUAGUAUCAAAUUUCACAUAUGAAAAUUUGAUACUAAAUAGGUGGGGCACUAGUAGAAAUACUCUUACUAUAUUUGUGUGUUAUAACGUGUAAAAGUCAAGGUGAGUAAUUAUACUGUUGGACUUGAUGAAACUAAUUUGGAAAAGGGUUGUUAUUUGGCAUUUUACACAAUUACUAAUGAAGCCCUAAGCUAGCAAAUAUGUAAA